GGGGUUGGACAGCUGAGAGUCCACGGCCAGGAGCCAAUAGGACAAAGUUCAAAGUAGCAGGUGAGGAAAGGAGAGGACACUAAUCACCAGAACUUAAAUACACUCCAACAACCCUCUCAGCCGGAGUCAUUGACUGUGGCAGUGCCUCUCAACCUGCGGACCACUGACAGAGCCCGAGGCGAGAAGACCGCGAUCCUCCACGUUUGGUCCCAGUGGAUUGUCCUGUCUGCUGUGGCCCACUGCAGUGGUAACCAUGACGACUGCAGAGCCACCAAAGGGACCGUGGCAGCGAAACGUUAAGGCCCGUCAGUCAGACGAGCUCUCCUGUCCUGUUGGGAGCCAUGAUAAUGUGCAGGAGGACGAACUGAGACAGUGGCAGAAACAUAAACAGAAGAUGAAGGUAAAAGUCCUGGAGCAGGUCCAGGAUCAGCUCAGUGAUAUUCUGGACAGAGCUCUGACUGAGUCCAUCCAGCCUUUCACACACACCCAGCGGACCAUGAACGGAAAGAUGACAAAAAAGUCCUCAGUGAGAUCUGAGAAAAUGGAUGAUGGCAAAGUGUUCACGGACAGGCCAUCGCUGCUGGAUGAACUGUUUGAGAUCAGUCACAUCAGAACCAUCUAUCACAUGUUCAUAGCCGUGCUCCUCAUCUUCUGCCUGAGCACGCUGGCUGUCGACUACAUCGACCAGGGAAGGUUGGUCUUGGAGUUCGAUCUCCUUUUCUUCGCCUUUGGGAACCUGGGGACAGUCAUCCAGGCCUGGCUCGUGAUGUUCGUCUACACCCUGUUUGUUCCCUACUACACCCUGGUGUUUUGGGGUUCCUUGUACCACACCUUCCCCUCCAAGCUGGGGCUCUCUCUUGGGACAGGGUUAAUCUUGUCCUCCAUUCAGACCUGUGUUCUGGGACUGUACCCGAUCUACGUGGUCGUCGACAACCAGCUGCCGCCGGCCUCGCGGUUCAUUGUGAUACUGGAGCAGAUUCGAUUCCUGAUGAAGAGCUACUCCUACAUACGAGAAACUGCUCCCGUUGUAAUGAAGGAUACACCAAAGGAAGGAGAGAGCCCAACACUCCCAACAUUUUCCAGCUAUUUGUACUUCCUCUUCUGUCCUACUCUCAUCUACAGGGAAUCAUACCCCCGAAAUACCCACAUUAGAUGGAAGUACGUUGGCAGUACUCUUGGCAUGAUCCUGGGCUGCCUGUUUUACGGCUACUUUAUUCUGGUGCGGCUCUGUGUGCCCGUCUUCCGACCCGAGACCAAGCAGCCAUUUACUACACGGACAAUGGUUUUGGCUGUUUUCCACUCAAUAUUACCAGGUAUAAUGCUCCUUCUGUUGUGUUUCUUCGCCUUCCUGCACUGCUGGCUCAACCUCUUCGGGGAGCUGCUGCGUUUUGCUGACAGGAUAUUCUACAAGGAUUGGUGGAACUCUACGUCGUUUGCCAACUACUACCGUACCUGGAAUGUGGUGGUUCACGACUGGCUGUAUUACUACGGAUACAGAGACUUCCUCUGGCUGUCGAAAAGGAAAUUCCGAGCAGCUGCUAUGCUCUCCGUGUUCAUCGUCUCUGCUGUCGUCCAUGAAUACGCCUUGACCAUGGGCUUGGGAUUCUUCUACCCCGUCAUGUUCUGCCUCUUUGCAGUCUUCGGAGUGGUGUUCAAUUUUACCAUGAACGACAAGCGUCAGAGCCCCGUGUUCAACAUCAUCAUGUGGGCGUGUCUCUUCCUGGGCCAGGGCGUCCAGGUGUGCCUGUACAGCCAGGAGUGGUACGCUCAAAUACACUGCCCGCGGAAAGAGAACAGCUUCUGGGAGCUGGUGACGCCUCGGUCCUGGUCCUGCAGCUACCAGAGAUGAAGCUGCCUUGCUCCUGGACUGGAGGGAUGAAAAUGAUGACAAUCACGAUGGACUAUGCGUAGACGGAAAACAAACAUGGAAGGAAAACUUGAUAGCAAUGUAUCUGUUUUUAGUGUGUAAGGAUUUCUUUGGGUCAAAAUGUGACUAUCACUGUUAUCUUUAUAUUAUCCAGGAGGGAUGUUAUGCCUAUGUCGCUGAUCCGCCGCCUCUGAAUUAUUUCAACUUUUUACUUGUCCAGAUAGUAUUAUAUAGUUUAAUAAUUCAGGCUGCGUUAAAAAAAAAUGUGUACAGUAUAUGUUUAAGUGUUUUAAUAACAAGUGUCCAUCAGACCAAUUGGUUGUUGACUAAAAUGUGCAAUUAACUUGUAUUUCUGCCGCAUUUGUACUAAAGCUAUGAAAACCUGAAAA